CUCUCUCCCUCCCUCUCUCUCCUCCCCUCAUCAGUGCAGUGUGUGUGUGUGUGUGUUCAGUCGGUAUCAUGGCGUCGCUCGGCUUCCUGCUGCUCAGCUCGGCUCUGAUUCACGCCGCCCAGUUUCUACCUGUUGCUCGCGGUGGGGGGCGUGGCCUGGAUGAAUCAGUGGGCGGAGUCAGACGCCAGCGCAGGGACCUUCGUAAUCUCCUGCCUUAUGAGGAGCAGAUGAUGUCAUAUCCUGCCAGUCAGGGUGGGGGUGGGCUCAAUGACCUGUACUACCAAUCAGAUGACUGGAGGGGGCGGGGCUUGGAUCAGGCCCUGCAGCGAUUGGUGGAGAGGGAUCAGAGGCGUGAACAAGAAGAAGAGCAGCGAGCAGCCUACCUGGCUGUUCUGCUCCGCCUACUGAGUGAAGCGGAGAGUGUGGGAUUGGUCAGCCCAGGUGAUGUGGAAGUGGUGGAGGAAGAGGAGGAUGAGGAGGACGAUCAGGGACCACAGGGGGACUUCCAGAGCCCAGACUACGAUGAGACAGGCCGCGGGCUGAACAUGGGGAGGCCCCCGUCGGCCUGGUGGGGCCCCGUGGAGCCUCAGCUGGCUCAGGCCCUCCUGGACAGGGUGGAGCCUCAGCUGGCUCAGACUCUGUUGGAGAGAGCGAGACUUCAACAGGCUGGGCGGGUUUCUUCAGGACUGAACAGAGACCAGGAUGCUCUGAGACGUCUGGUUGCUAGGUUACUAUCCAGCAUUGGCCCUAACGACGCCACAGUGAUCUCUGGUCGCCAAGCGAGGAGCGACCUGUCUGUCGCAGCAUCCAAACCGAUUAACUCCGCCCACAGGAGAACCCGCCGUUCCCUAGACGACAUGGCUCCUCCCCCAUCACCUAGCAACGAUCCCCCUCUGCUCCGAGUGAAGAGGCUGGAGGAGGACGACGAUGAAGAGGAGAGGCUCCGCCCCCCUGCUGCUGGACUGCAGAGGAUGAAACGCAUCGAUACCAUGGCAACCAUCGCCAUGGAAGAACUGAAUCAUGCGAGUCGUAGGCGCCGCAGGAGAGCCGUCCUGAACUACGACCCCCAAAUACUGAUUGAUCAGCUCAUGGAAUACAUGAGAGAGUAAGAGGAGGAGAGGAGGAAGAGGAGGAGGAGAAAAAGGAGGAGGAGGAAGAGGAGAAAA